AUGGGCGACAGUUCUAAGGGCGCAAGAUCCAGGAAUGGUGCCAAGGGUUUGGCAUCACUCAGGGAGAUAGUUCACUUGCUAAAGGUAAAGCUGGACCAUGUGGGCGAUGAUUGGAUUGAAGAGAUCCCCAGCAUUCUUUGGGCAUACCAAAUGACUCCACGAAAAAGUACAGGACUCACUCCCUUUCAUCUCAUCUACGGCAACGAGGCUGUUGUGUUGGUCAAGGUUGGAGUUAUAUCCAAUCGGCGGUUUCUAUAUGACCCUGAGAAUGCUAAGCGACGACUUCUGGAGCUGGAUCUCAUCAGUGAAACCCGAGAGAGGAUGGCUUCCCGAUUAACCGUGUACCGACAAAUGAUGUGGCAGACCUAUGAUAAGAAGGUGAUCCCUCACUUCUUCAGAGAAGGGGAUUUAGUAUGA